AUGAAGUUCACCACCUGUCUCGCCGGCCUCCUGGCCGCGGCCACACAAGUACAAGCGGCGUCCGUCUUUGCUCACUUCAUGCUCAUCAACACCAAGAACUACACUCUCAGCGAAUUCGAAGAUGACUUUAAGAUCGCCAAGGACGCCCACAUUGACGCCUUUGCCCUCAACAUGGGCCUGACGGACCCCAAUACCAACUCGUCCCUCGAGACUGCCUUCGUCGCCGCCAAGAAUGUUGGAUUCCAGCUCUUCUUCUCCUUUGACUACAACGGCGGCUACCAUGGGGGCAAGCCCUGGCCCAAAGAGACUAUUCUGUACAUGGCAGAAAAGUACUUCAAGCUCGACGAGUACUUCAAGUAUGCUGACAAGCCCCUCGCCUCGACCUUUGAGGGCACAGAGAACGCCGAGGAUUGGAUCGAGAUCAAGAACAAUACAGGCGCCUUCUUCAUCCCCGACUGGUCCUCCGUAUCCCCCGAGGACGCACUGGCGCUAGGAGACGGCGUUGCUGAUGGACUGUUCAGCUGGAACGCUUGGCCGGUUGGUGAUAAGGACAUGACUGACAAGAGUGACGCUGCGUAUGCUUGGGCCUUGAAGGGCAAGCCCUACAUGAUGCCCGUCUCCCCUUGGUUUUAUACCAACCUGCCUGGCUACAACAAGAACUGGGUGUGGCGCGGCGAUGAUCUCUGGUACGAUCGCUGGAACCAAGUGAUGGAUGUGAUGCCUGCCUUCGUUCAAAUCAUCUCCUGGAACGAUUACGGCGAAUCACACCACAUCGGUCCGGUCCGCACCAACGCCAUGGAGGCUUUCGAAGUUGGUGGAGCCCCAUUCAACUACGCCCUUGACCAUCCUCACGACGGCUGGCGCCACUUCCUCCCCUACCUCAUUGACAGCUACAAAGCCGCCGUGGCCCCUUCGAUCAAGGACGAAGCCCUCAUGACAUGGUACCGCGGCUCACCUGCCCUCUCCUGCAAGGACGGCGGCACCACAGCCAACGCCGUCGCACAUGACCAAAAGACUUUGACAGCAGCCCAGGUUGUCCGUGACAAGAUCUUCUACUCGGCCCUCCUCACAUCCGCGGCAGAGGUAACCGUCUCCGUUGGAGGCAAGGCGCAGAAGGGCAACUGGACCUCGACCCCUGACAGCGGCAAGGGCGUGUACCAUGGAAGCAUCCCCUUUCUGGGCACCGGCGACGUGGUCAUCACCAUGACCAAGUACGGGACCGAGAUCGCCAAGAUCGAUGGGCGCAAGAUUGCAAACGAAUGCCCCAGCGGCUUGACCAACUGGAAUGCGUGGACAGGCAGCACGAAUGCUCUCCAUGUCGACGACCCGAGCCCGUCACCCACACAGACUGGAGGUGGCCCCCAGUCCACAGCCAGUGACAAUGACUCUGGGGCAUCCAACCUCUCCCAGAACGGUUUGGUUUACAUUGUCUUCACUCUCGCCAGCUUGGCUAUUGCUGGCGCAGUGUGA